GAACAAGAAAUAGAAGACGAAAAACAAGAAGUUGAUUUAUAUACGUGGGUCUUUAUAGGGAGGGUCCCUGAGUAAUUGUCUGGCAUGUAAACAACAUUCAGAAAAUUAGUUCCCUGUCAUGACUUUGAGGCGGUGAGUGUCUCUCCAAAGUGCUCCAGUCGCAACGCUGAAUGACGUUAUAUAGUCAAGAUGAUGCUAAUUUAAGGAAAUGCAUGAGACAUGGCUCUUCGGUGCUCAGAAGCGGCCACUCACAGUGCCCAAUGGACAAAGCUAAAGGAUCUCAUCACAUAAAGAAGCAAUCAGUUUUAUGGGAAAUGGCACUGGCGUUGUCAACAAGAUUACGCCUGAGACGAUCCAGCCCCCUCCUCUGGGGUCUUGGAUUCUGCCUCAUCUGCUUCUUCUUUAUUGCUCUGCCUUCUUUCAACUCAGGUCAGCAGCGUUGUGACUGCCACGGAAACCAUAAUGUGCCAAGAGAGGUGGAGCAUCUGCCCAGUGUGCCCGACGCAUACAGGUCCAACCCGUCGGACAAACACAACAUGGCCAUCCUCAUACCCUUUAGGGACCGGUUUGAAGAGCUUAUGGAGUUUGUGCCUCAUCUCCACAAUUUCCUAAAAUUGCAACGCAAAAAUCACCAUAUUUAUGUUAUAAAUCAGGUGGACAAUCUUCGCUUUAACAGAGCUUCAUUGCUGAACAUCGGCUUCAAGGAGUCCAUGGACACCUGUGACUACAUUGCCAUGCAUGACGUGGACUUGCUGCCCAUGAACUCAGCCUUGACCUAUGAGUUCCCAGAGGAAGGCCCCUAUCAUGUGGCGGCUCCGCACCUGCACCCCAGAUACCACUACCCAACUUUCAUUGGGGGGAUCUUGCUCGUCAACAGGGAACAUUUCCGACUGGUGGACGGCCUGAGCAACAAGUACUGGGGUUGGGGGCUAGAAGACGAUGAGUUCUACGCCAGGCUGAAGGAGGCCAAGCUCACCGUCCGACGCCCAGGGAAUCUCACCACAGGGACCAAAGACACAUUCAGGCACAUUCAUGACAGACGAGUUCGGAGGCGUGACAUGAUCAAGUGCUACAACCAGCAGGAGGUGACGCGGCGCAGAGACCGUCAGACUGGCCUAUCGACCAUCCGCUACCACAUCCAGAGCAGAAAGGAGAUGACGAUCGAAGGCGCUCCGCUCACCAUCCUCAAUGUAAUCCUGGAGUGCGACCGUAACGUGACCCCUUGGUGUGACUGCACAGAAAACGUAGGCAACACGAAGCCCCUACAACACAAAUCAGAAAAUCGAGAUGAUGUGAUUGUGCCCAAACUGGACCGGAAAAAGCACAUCAGUCACGAUGGAUAGGGCUGGAGAACUGGGGAAGGGAGGGGAGGGGGGGGGGGAUAAGGAAGUAUUAGGGCACUCUUGCAUACUUGUUUCAGUAGCUUUGAUAGUCUUCAACCGUCAUCAUUGUUUAGGACCACAUCCGGGAAUCAUUAAAGUCAGCAUUUCACUUCAUUCAGCGCCAUAUAUAUGUUAGCCUUCAUAGAGUGACAUCUGGGGAAGGAGUCAGCCAUUUUCCUCGAUUUGUAAAGGUUGUUGCAAUAUAGUAGUGAGUAGAUUUAUAUUAUGAUGUAAGUGUAUUGUACAUUUAUUUUUAUUUGUUACAGAUAUCCUUAUUUAGUUGUUUACGUGGCAGGAAUGUGAAAAGAUUGUAUAUGAAAAGAUUUUACGAUGUAGAAAUACUGUACUAAGCCUUGUGCAGAAUUUAGAAUUGUUUACCUAUACACAGGUAUGCAGGUAAGCAAAAUAUGGAAAGGAGAAAAAAUCAUUUCCAGCAGUCCUGUGCAGAAAAAGCUGAAACGGGAACUUUUGCUCUGUUUUCACUUGGUCUACUGAGAUUAUUGCACCCAGCAGUUGGCUGCUUGAACUAGUGAGAAAGCCUUUAUAUUUUGGGUCCAUAAAUUUGAAUGUGAAUUUGUAGGCUAAAAUGAGUGGAAGGCUACUGUAUGCAUGCACAAAUUCUCUCUAUAUGAAAAGUAAAGACCACAAUAUUGAUCUUGUUCCACAUACCCCUUGAUUGAUAUCCUGCCACUUUCAUGUUAAUACCAGUUAUCAUGAGAAGUUCAUUGUUCGUGACAUUUGCGCUUCUAAGUUACUUUUGUUGAUCAUGCAUAACCGUGAUACCAAGUGUUGGCAUUUUAACUUUCCAAGGAUCAGAUUAACCUUCCACACCAGAUGAACUUGGCCGUUUUCAGAUUUACAUUCCAGUCAUCAGGGUAACUCUCGAGACAUGAGACAGAUUAUCCUGUUGUCAGAUUUGCUGUCCUGUGGUCAGAUAAGUAUUCAGACAUCUCAUUACCUUUCCUAUUGCCAGAUUUAGGUUUACACAGUAUGUCAUUUUCGUCAAACUAAAACGUGUGGUGUAAAAGUUUCGGAUUAACAUGCAUCAAUUCACGUCAUUUCCCUCACAUUUACACUUGUUUGUGCGGAUACAUUUUUCUGAUGAUUGUCUCCCAGAAGUACUGUUGUGAUACUGGCAAUUUAUGUGCACUGAUCAUACCGAGGGCUCAUGCAGUUGAACUAUAUCAUUUCAGUACUAGGGUCAUUCUUUCUCACUGUAUUCAUAUUAUAGCUACCAGGGAUUUUGCUCUUGUACUGAUAACACAGUGACAUCUACAGAUGCAUUAUCAUGUGAAUGAAGUAUUAUGUAAAUGAAUUAUCAUCUGGUGGUCAAUUUCAGAGGACAUAGGCUUGGGUGUUAUAUGUAUUAUAUACUUGUUUGUGUGUGUGUGCCUGUGCGUGUGUGUAAGAAUGAGUACAGUAGCUAGGUUCAUUACAGAUAAUUACACAAACUCCUAGCAGCACAACACGUACCAAACAACAAUUACAUAUAACGCCUUUACAAUAUGCAGACAAGGACACAGAUUAACAACUAUGUACAAAAUCACGAACAAUCAAAUUGACAUUAAUAAGCAAGGUUACUUACACUACGAAAACACAUCCAUUGCAUGAAACGCCCACAACCAGAAAUAAGCGACAUACCACUCUAGUACAGACUCCCUCAUACACACACACUUUCCACGCACCAUUCGUGACUGGAAUAGGUUCCCUUGACACACAGUACACAGACAGCAGACACCUUCCAUAAACUUACACUACAUCUCAAGCCUAAAACACCAAGGCUUCACUACCUUUACCCCUUUUCUAUCCCCCAACAACCAACUCUUUACAUAAGUGUGAGGUGUGCUAACUCUUAGCAUCCUACACUUCAACCUAUGGAGAUUAAGAUUUGUCUAUCUCCAUGUGUUAAACACAAAGCAAUUUUAUUGAGAAACUGUGAAGGUUAAUGGUGAAACAAAUAAAUGUGCUAGACAUCCAAAGUUAUAUAGCACACUGGGAAAAUAUUUUGGUGAAAAGGGUAAAUGAGUUAAGGCUUAGUAUGAGAGUGUUAAAUGACAAAGGGAAAUGAUUGGGAAAAGGGAAAAUGGUAAAGAAGGGGUGUAAAUGAUGUAUGUCAGAUGUUAAUAAAGGAAAGGGUUAAGGGUGAAGGGUGAUUGGAUGGAAUGGGCUGUAUCUGUUGUUGGGGAAGCUAUAGUAACAUUGCUUUAAGGAAAAACUGGUAAAAGAGCCAUUAUGAAAUAAUCAAUGGGAAAUACAGGUAGAGACAGCUGUUGUAGUAGUAGCAGAAGAGUCUAGGGGAUGAGAUAUGGGGACGGGAAGGAGGUGAAGUAUCAGGAAGAGCGUCAGGAGGGGAGGAAUCUGGAGGAUGAUACUGUUGCGCCAGAAGGGAUUUACGCAAGUAUCUAGGUGGGAGAGGCAAGGAUAAUGGAGAAUGAAAAGGGAAUGGUGUACAUGGAGGAGGAAAGGAGAGGGGUUUGUUGGGAAAGAGUAGGAGGAAGAGGGGUAAAAGAAACUGAACUCAAAAUGAAAUAAGACACCAAAGUUCUUUCUAUGUGGCAUGAGGUUACCCUUUUCCCUCUUUUAUAAAACAGAAAUAGCAAGAGGAUUGUUGUUGCAUUACAUAGCAAAUGCAGAAUGAAAAGGAUACAGGUAUUGUUGGAUUAAACAAGGGCUUCAAAUUUCUAGGGAUUCAAAGUCUUCUGUGGGUUUUUGUAGCUAUUAUUAUUUUUCUUUUAUGAGAAACCAAUUUUGAUGUUAGAAAGAGGAUUACCUGUUCAGUGAUUGUCUUAACUUUGGCCAUGGUUAGUGUACAUGCGAUUUUGAGUGUGUCCUCUUUGAAACGUGUUUGUAUAGGCGAGGAUGUGUUAGUUGUAUUAGUAUUGUUCCUGAACCUUGUUUUUAUUACAUAUUUGUAGACAUUUUGCUCAUUUUUAGCCCGAGAGUUGAUACCCACUGAUUGAUUUUCUUCUGUUUUGGGGGAUCAAUUAUAACCUUUAUAUUUAUGCACCAAGCCAGGGCUUUGAAUGUUAUAAAGAAUGAUUCAGCUUUUAAAGGUACUUUAUGGGAAGAAUAAUGUUUUAAUAGACACUGAUAAUCAUAUUGUCAAGUGGUUAUGGUCAUACUGUGAAAAAAUUUGCUUUCUUAUUUCUUCUUUGUUGGUGAAUAGGAAGUAGAUGAUGAUUGCACUUACGAUACAUGAACUAUGGCUUCAUUUUUAAGAGACAACCAAAUACAUACACAAAUUCAAAGUUUCAAUGGCAUAUUUUCCCCCUUGGCAGUUGACUGUUACUUUUGUUGCUAUGUAUAACAUUACAAGAAGAGGUAAUGUAUAUUUUGGUGUACAAGGCCUAGUGUAGUGUAUUGCAAAUGAUUAUUAAGGGGAAUGUGAAGAGAAUGUUGUUAGUAGUUUUUUUCUUUUUACAUACAUAUAAGGAACACUGAUACUUACUUAACUUACUUGUAUAGAAAGAAGAAAAAAUAUUAAAUGCACAAAAUUACCCAUUUAGAUGUUAAGUAUCAUCCACUUUUAGAAUAUAUUUAUUGAGAAGAGACUUAAACAGAGGACCCAUGUUUGGUAUUGCACAAAGAAAUGCAUUUAAUUAUAUUACAUAUAUGGUAUAUGUUUAACAUGUGAACAUUUUCACUGAAUUCUGUAACCAGCUUCAACUUUUGAGUGCUAUGUCCUAAGCAGCAUCAUAGCAACAAGGCCUUUCUCUCUACCCAAUUCUAGCAGUGCACUAGACCUAAAUCACCUAUCACCUUAAGCUAACACACUGGCAUGGAAAACUUGUUGAUCGUGGGAGAUUUCUAAUUAUUUUUUACAUGUCCUGUCGUAUCUCCCGAGGAUUUAGGUCCAGACGCUCCCAAUAUUCACUGAGGCUGCAUUCUCAUUAACUUGUAUUCAGAGAGCUAGAAAAAGAGUUUCUCACCAUUAUAGUAGUCUUUAAGCCUUUCAUUAAAGAAAUCAGUGUAUAUUAAAUAUUUUCAGGCACGCAUAGCUGAAUAUAUAGGUUUUAAGUCAAUUUGAUAGCAAUUUCUUUUUGUUAUUCUGAAGUUCAGGAAUAUUGAUGAAUGAUAAAUAUUUCAAAAGGACACUUUAGGAUGUAAAGAAAGCACUGUUUGAUGUGAAGUAGGAAGAUGGAGGGAAUUUUUACAAUAGUGUAACAGAGCAGUGUAUAAAAAAGGAAAUAACUGUAUACAACACACAGUCUCAGCAUGAACACGUAAUAAGUUAGUGUUCCCUUCUCGGAAAAGUAUCUAAGUAAAGAAAGAUUCAGACCAACUAUUUUACGUGGUUUCAGAAGUAUAAUAAAAAUUUAUCAUCCUUCAUUCUGUGUGCUGUAUAUGAUUAUUUCUCUCAAUUAGAAUAUGGAAAUAAUUUGAAAUUAACUGUUUGUCAUUAUUGCUUGUUUUUUUUUUUUCUUUUCUUUUUUGCUUGAUAAUAAUGGAUAGUGAACCAAUUAACAGUAUUGUUAUUAAUUACCAUAAUAAUCAUAAUGUACAUAUUUAUUUAAGUAUCAUGAAUUUUAUUGAUAAUCCCUUACUUUCGCUGUCAUUCUACUAAUGAUAAUAGUACAAGGAAGGAGUGCACAGGAAUCUCCUUUCAUCUCUCACAUUAAUUAAUAGCAGGUUAUUCUAUAUGCAGGUGUUUAGAUUAAUGCCUAAUGAUUGUAAUUCAGAUGAGUAGCAAUUGGUAAUCACUUUGGGCAAAAAUAUGUAAGGUAUUGUCAGAAAGGUGAGAAAAUACUUCAGGCAUAUGAUGGGCUCGCGUGUUUUUAUGUUUUUACGGAUGUUUGUUUUUUAGGGAAGAUAAAAUUCCUUCCACGAUGAACUGUGUUUUAUGAUUUAUUGGUAAUGUGUACUAAAAUGUGUUUGUCCGUAUGGAAAGAAAACCCUGCAGACAAAUGAGGAUAAAUUUUCGGUUAUACAAGGUGUAUUUCUGUGUGAUUUUCAGGAAAGGGGGAAAAUUUUAUUUGUAUAACUGCAGUUUAUGAGACUGAGGAAACUUGGCAGCAAGAGUUCCAUACAAACACAUGCACAUGUACACUCAUCCAUAUGCAGACAGACAGACAGACAGACAGACAGACAGACAGACAGACAGACAGACAGACAGACAGACAGACAGACAGACAGACAGACAGACAGACAGACAGACAGACAGACAGACAGACAGAGACAGACAGACAGACAGACAGACAGACAGACAGUGACAGUGACACACACACACUCACGUGCACACUAAUGUACACACAGAGACAGGAAGCAUUCAGACCAAGACAAGCAUGCACCCAGAGAGAGACACACAGUUAUCAUUCAACCAUUGACCUGGCUAAUAACUCAGGAUUUUUGUUUUGAAAUCAACUCUUGGCUGUCUGUCAUUAUUGUGAUUAUUGUUGUUAUUUUUGUUUUAAAGUGUUUGAAGAAAAGGUGCUUCUAAACUAAAUAUGUUUCCUGAAUGAACUUGCCAAAGGAAUAA